UUGAAAUGUAGGUAUUUGUACAACUGUAAUCACUGUACUCCUUGAGAUUCUUUUAUUUAUUACCAGCAUAGAGAUCCACAUUUUUUGUGGAUUUCCCCCAAGUAGUAAGAACUGGAUCUAGAUCUAGAUCCAUAGGCGAUGUGUCACACCAUGUUAUGAAGGGCUGACCAAAGUGUAUCAAUGGGGCGAGCUGAGGACCAGCCACAAGAGAUAAUGAGGACCCUGGCCCUGGUCUUAUUUCUCGUGUGUCUUAGUGCGACACCAUGCCAAGCACAGAACAGUACCAAUAACGACACAAAUGCAGAUAGCAAUAUUACAACCCCAGUGCUGCGACCGAAUGAAGGAAGACCUAUAGGUGGACCGUCAAACCUCACACCGUUUCCCUUGUCCAACAAUUCGUUUGCCACACCGAGUACAAUGCAAACUCCGGCCAACAUUUCUGUUCCAGAGGGUUGCGUUAGAGGCAUGUACGGCAUGCAUUGCCGUUAUCGGUGCUACUGCGACCCGCCAUCUUGUGAUGAUGAUGGAAUGUGCACUCUUGCAAAUCAAUGCAUGUUAAUGCGAUUUGGUUAUAAAUGCCAAGAAUCAAACUACGGCAGCUUUGACGUGAAAGCCCCUGAUUUCCCUCUAGUGGACGGGAAUCCUGAUACAAGUCUGGCGCCAGGUACUAAAGAGACUUCGAUUGAAUUAUCCCAACCAAUUCCAGUCAGCUACAUUCGUUUGGUAGCCAGUAACAUGGAUAAAUUAAACGAAUUUAAGAAUUUGGAUGUUACAUUUUUCGGAACAAAUCCCAGAAGGUUAGUGACGAUGAUGACCUUCAAUAUGAAUACAUCUAAAAGUCCUGGAGAAAGAACCGAAACAUUAGGUGCGGCUACCUUUAUGGUCAUGACAUCUACCACCAAGGGGAUGCCGAAACCUGAAGUCAACCCGACAACCGCUGCCAACAAUGAAAGCAAGAACGUUGACAGAUUAACGACGGAAUCUUCCAACGCAAGUAUUACAGCCAGCAAAGAAAGGAAAAAAAGGCAGGCGGAUGAAGUCACCGACGAUGCUGCUGCGCCGACAGGUGGCGUUACUCAAGGGAUUGCGAACGCUGACAAUGUCACUCGUCAGACGGAGAAGGUCACUGAGACGGAAAUGAAAACGACGCCCAAGCGUGUCACAUCUGCAAUGACCCCUGCGAAGACAACAGUAGCCCAAAUUCCGAAAUGUGACCAGGUGGUGCCGCCCAAGGAACUCAUAGAGACGCACAUUAUUAAGAUCGAUGGCCGGUACUACACUGAUGUACGCUUUGUUCAGCCAGUCCUGAUACAGUCUAUACAAAUGAAAGGAAAUGCUCUCGACUCGGUUGGCGAAGUCUACAUAAGUGGUGGCAUUGACUUUGGUCCCCGUGGUACUUUCUUCAUCUCCGACGCUGGCUAUGCUAAGCCUGCCGUUUUGAAUGACCGAGUUACUGUCGAAGACUGUGUUGGUAGCGAAGGAAACACGCAGUUCCCAGAGAUAACUUUCGAGUCGAACACUUCCUUCAUUUUAACGCAUGUUUAUAUUCAGCUGGAUUGGAGUAACGUUAGGUCAGAUGUCAAAGGUAAAAUAUCAGUUCAAAAUUGGGACAAGUCCAUCUACUGGACUCAAGACGUGUGCUUCGCAAAGCAUGUGUUUUUGACCGGCGUAAACAACGGGAUUAGCGUCGACAACCUCGUCAUCAAAGGUGAUAUGGACCUGCCACCUGUCUGCAUUGUCAACAUAUAUGGAGUAUGUGACUUGGGCUUCUAUGGACACAAGUGUGACCAACUUUGCUCACCUUCCUGCUCGUCAGAGGGAUGUGACACCAGCACCGGCAGCUGCCUGGAAUGUGCAACCGGGUUUUACGGCAGUCUUUGCGAGAUGAAUUGUCCGUCUGGUUGUGUUGAGAACACACCUUGCCAUCGUAACACUGGCGUUUGCUUGGGAGGAUGCAAGUCUGGAAAAUUCCCCGACACGACAUGCGAUCAAGGUUGCAGUGCAGGAUGUGCUGAUGACGGAAGCUGUGAUGACAGCACGCUAGAAUGUAAACACGGAUGUAAGGCUGGGUACUACAAAAAAACAUGUGACAUGGAGUGUAAAGGCUGUGGCGGGGAAGGAGGGUGUGACCAGGAGACUGGAACGUGUAAUGGCGGAUGCAUGCCUGGGCUCUAUGGCGAACAAUGCAACUUAAAAUGCUCACCUGAUUGUGAGUCGGGAUGCCAAAUGACGACUGGGAUCUGUCUUGGAUGUCCACCGGGAAAAGCGGGAGACCAUUGUCAGGACACCUGCUCGAACUGCGCUGGUGAUGGGCGCUGUGAUCAAAAGGACAAGACCUGUCUUAGCGGCUGCAAAACUGGCUUCACUGGCCUCACAUGUGGCGAUAUUAGCUCAAGUGCCUUCUUUAGGUCAACAUCGGGAGCGAAAAACGACAGCCUUCUGUUGGUUGGCAUUGUGGUAGCUGUCGGCGUGAUACUUUUAAUUAUUGUGGUAGUUGCUGGUGUGUUCUCUAUGAAGAAGAAGCCAGAAAAGCCAACUCAAAAACCUGUCCUCAGUCCGAGGCCACCCUCAACAAGCGCAUCCAAACAAGUUCCAACAGAGUUUGAAAUCAUUAAGGAUGAGUUUGGAACAUUGGUGUAAUCAGGAGAAACGAACCUUAGCGAAACUUGAAUCCCUAUCUUCACAUCAAGAAAUUGAUUUGGCUGCCACUUUAGCUGUUUUCUGUUUUCCUCGUCCAAAGUUAACAUCACAAGUAAUGAAUACAAAUUGUCCUUGCACAAUGUAAGUAGUAACAUAAAAAAAAACAACUGUAUAAAUAUAUUUUAUAUUACACAAAGACUAAUAUAACAAGUAAUGAUUGGCUUCAUUUAUGUAAAUGUUGACAUUUUUACCUCAUAGGAAUGUAUUUUUACUAUAUAUAAUUAUAUAUUGUAUAUAUUUAUAACUACAUCAUAAAAUUGUACAGUAAAACUUGAGAUGGUCUUGUAUAGAGCAUUUAGUCUUGCAACGCUAAAGAAACAUUAUCAAAUGUGUAAUGAGUCUUUAAUAUGUUUACCAUAAUUGAAUUUGAAAAUAAGAUACUAAUUGUCAGAUAUUUAAAAAAAGCAUCAAAGAUAAUCGUUAAAUGACAAUAAAAGACUAGAACCACUAGAUAA